GGUCACUCGUUCAGUACAGCGUCUCAGCUGUAGCUCCUCUGUCCGGUAGGCGGCGCACUCUCCCGCUCUCCGGGCUGCAGUGCUCGGUCUGUCCGUGCGGCGGCGCUGUGAGGCCGGUCCCGCUGGAACACGUCCGUGAGUGUGAGUCCCGGGGGCUGGAGCGCAGGAUGGCGGCGGUCGGUGCUGCUGAGGCCGAGUCGUCGGACAGUGAGCCGGAGCAGGAGCACGGCUCCCCGCAGAAGCUCAUUCGGAAGGUCUCCACGUCCGGUCAGAUCCGGAGCAAGACGAUUUUAAAAGAGGGAAAGUUGAUGAAACAGACAAAUUUUCAGCGCUGGAAGAGACGUUACUUUAAACUGCGGGGAAGAACGCUGUACUACGCUCAGACGGCCAAGUCAAUUAUUUUUGAUGAAGUGGAUCUGACGGAUGCCAGCGUAGCAGAAUCAAGCACGAAGAACGUUAACAAUAGCUUUACUGUAAUCACUCCGUGUCGUCGGCUGGUUCUGUGUGCGGAAAACAGGAAAGAAAUGGAGGAAUGGAUCGCAGCGCUGAAGAGUGUUCAGAACCGAGAACACUUUGAGUCCACUCAGUUCAGUAUGGAUCAUUUCUCUGGGAUGCAUAACUGGUACGCCUGUUCUCACGCUCGCCCCACGUACUGUAACGUCUGUCGGGAGGCUCUGUCUGGAGUCACGUCUCACGGACUGUCCUGCGAAGUGUGUAAGUUCAAGGCUCACAAGCGCUGUGCGGUCAGAGCCACUAAUAACUGCAAAUGGACGACCCUGGCCUCAAUCGGCAAAGACAUACUGGAGGAUGAGGAUGGGAUCUCGAUGCCUCAUCAGUGGCUGGAGGGGAAUCUUCCCGUCAGCGCCAAAUGCACCGUGUGCGACAAAACCUGCGGCAGCGUCCUGAGACUGCAGGACUGGCGCUGUUUAUGGUGCAAAGCCAUGGUGCAUGCUGGGUGCAAAGACCAGCUCUCGCUGAAGUGCCCGCUGGGUCAGUGUAAAGUCUCAGUGAUUCCACCCACCGCCCUCAACAGCAUCGACUCAGACGGUGAGCGUCCAAUCAGAACGGUCUCUCAGAAACAACCAAUCAGAACGCUUUCCCAGAGAUGGCCAAUCAGAAAGAACCAUCUGAUGGAAACAUCCGCUCUGCAGUGCCAGCUCGGCGUACUUCCUCUGGGAACAGGAAAUGACCUGGCGAGAGUUUUAGGGUGGGGCUCGGCGUGUGACGACGACACUCAGUUACCGCAGAUCCUGGAGAAACUAGAGAGAGCCAGUACUAAGAUGCUGGACAGAUGGAGUAUUAUGGUAUACGAGACCAAGUUACCACGGCAACACUCCAGCUCCACGGUAACAGAGGACUGCAGUGAGGACCCAGAGGUGCAGCACAUUCUGACCUAUGAGGACUCAGUCGCUGCUCAUCUCUCCAAAAUCCUGACGUCCGAUCAGCACUCUGUGGUCAUUUCAUCCGCCAAAGUCCUGUGUGAGACGGUUAAAGACUUUGUUGCAAAAGUCGGACGUGCUUACGAGAAAAACACCGAAAACUUAGAAGAAUCAGAGGCCAUGGCUAAAAAGUGUGGUGUGCUAAAAGAAAAGUUGGACUCGUUAUUGAAAACGCUUAACGAUGAAGCCCAGGCUAGCAGUGUGAUGUCUGCGCCUCCACCCACCAUCGCUGAGGAGCAGGUGGAUGGGGAGGGUGUGGUUCUGGCUCCGCCCACGGCCCCACCCACUGCCCUGCCCCCUUGCUCGCCUCGACCGCCCGCCGCUAUCUUCAAACCCCGAGAGCAGCUGAUGCUUCGCGCCAACAGCCUGAAGAAAGCCAUCAGACAAAUCAUCGAGCACACGGAGAAAGCGGUGGAUGAACAGAACGCUCAAACGGAGGAGGGUUUGCCUUCACUACCGGCGGAGGAAGAAGAGGAUGAUGGUUCAGAAACGUUGUCUCUGCAGUCGUCAUACAGCAGCAGAGCGCGAGCCAGCAGACGAGCGUCUAAGACUCCAUGUGAGAAGCUCAUCAGUAAAGGAAGCCUGUCCAUAGGCAGCUCCGCCUCACUUCCUGCUCAGACAGGAAGCAGAGAGAACAUGCCCAUGCUGAACACUAAGAUCCUCUACCCAAGUCUCAGAGCUGGUGUGUCGGGCUCUUUUAGCGGCUCGGUGAUCACCAGGCUGCUGGUCAAUGCUGAUCCGUUCAGCUGUGAUCCGGAGAACCUGGAUCUGUACACAGAGAAAUGUGUGAUGAAUAAUUAUUUCGGGAUCGGUCUGGAUGCCAAGAUCUCUCUGGACUUCAACAAUAAACGUGACGAGCAUCCAGAGAAAUGCAGGAGUCGCACUAAAAACAUGAUGUGGUAUGGAGUCCUGGGAACCAAAGAACUUCUGCACAGAACAUACAAGAACUUGGAACAGAGAGUUCUGCUGGAGUGUGACGGGAGGCCGAUCCCUCUUCCCAGUCUCCAGGGAAUCGCCGUGCUGAAUAUUCCCAGUUACGCAGGAGGAACCAACUUCUGGGGCGGAACUAAAGAGGAUGAUACAUUUAUGGCGCCGUCGUUUGACGAUAAGAUCCUGGAGGUGGUGGCUGUGUUCGGCAGCAUGCAGAUGGCUGUUUCUAGAGUUAUUAAUCUACAGCAUCACCGUAUCGCACAGGUACAUAUCAGGGAAGCAGCACAGUCUCAUCACACCAUCGAGCAGGAAUUGGCUCAUGCAGUCAACGCUAGCUCUAAGGCCAUGGAUCUCGUGUACGCAAACUCCAAAAGCAGCGGGGGUUUGACCUGUAAUGUGGUGAUGGAGAUGGUCAGUAAUGUCAAAGCUCUGCACAGUGAGACCCAGCUGCUGCUCGCGGGAAAGAUGAGCCUGCAGCUGGAUCCUCCUCAGAGAGAUCAGCUGAUCGGUGCCUUGAGUUCAGUCACUCAGCAGUUACGCAGACUCACAGACAUCAGCUGGCUCAGUCAGCUCAUCGACCCGGCCGACGACGAGGGUCAGCUGUCUGAUUUCUCCAAGCGCAGUCGUAGCGCUAAAUUCCGCCUCGUGCCCAAAUUCAAGAAAGACAAAAACAACAAAAACAAGGAGACGUGCGCCGCCCUCAACAUGCCAGUGAAUACGUGGGGUGUGGAUGAAGUGGCCGUCUGGCUGGAGAUGCUCUGUCUGGCUGAGUAUAAGGAUAUCUUCAUCAGACAUGAUAUCAGAGGACCAGAGCUGCUUCAGCUGGAGAGGAGAGACCUGAAGGAUCUGGGAGUGACUAAAGUCGGCCAUAUGAAGCGGAUCCUGCAGGGAAUCAGGGAUUUGAGUCGAAACAGCACAGCCAGCGAAGCCUAGACGCUCCGCAGCCAAUCAGAUGCCUUGUUCGGACGUGACGCAGCUUCACCCGGCCAAUCAAACGCUCAGUCACAACUGGAAGCAGCCAUACUCCGCCACUCGACUCGACCAAUCACAGUGCCUUCUGUUCUCCACCUGUGUGACAUCAUCACUUUGGGGGAAGCUAUUUUACUAGCUAGAAGGGGGAGAUUUAUCAAGAGCCAUCAGAGGGUCAUACCAAUAUCACAGACUUUGAAGAGCAAAUCACCAUUCAGCCAACAUGAAAUCCACGCUCAGCCUUUUUUCUUGGAAGUACUUUCACUUUCUUAAAGUAACAAAUGCUUGUCUUCUAAAUCUGCCAUCAAAACUGAAUAACUUCCUCCACGUCUCAAACAGCUUUUCGUUUCCGCUGAGGUCACCAAGGCCUAAAAAUUAUAUUAACCAAUAAUCUCAAGCCCCACGUUUCACGAUCCAAUCAAAUGUCCCGCCCUCCAUUAUUAUUUUUGUUAAAUAUUCAAUUUCAUUUUAAAAUGAAAGGUGUGGUGAAUGCUGUUUCAUGUUGUCUUGAAGCUCUGUGACUCUGUUCAAAACCUAGUGAGCUGCCUUUGUCUACUGCCUGCCUUCUGAGCCACCAGAGACUCUCGAAAGAUUUCCAGUCAGACUGAUCCUCAGAUGAGCACAAAAUACAAGAGUGGUAAAACACCUUUACAUUUAUGCAUUUGGCUGAUGCUUUUAUCCAAAGUGACUUGCAUUGCAUUGCAUU